AUGUCUCACGUCUACGAGUCGAAUAUCCAAGCUGUCUCCCGCUACAUGCAGACCGCACCACUCCAGUGCGCCCUGUUCGUUCCUUCUGCGAUCGGCCUAGCAGGCUGUCCAGCUGAUUUUUCUUUCGUUGGCUGCUAUGCCGACUCGGUCGGCAAGAGGAUAUUCAAUUCGAGGGGUCAGCAUUAUCCUAUGUCUGCGGAGGAAGUCCAGCCCUAUGCUACAUAUGGAGAUGUGUACUUCCCGCACCCCGAGCUAUUGCCCUACAACUUGCUUUUUGGGCACCCGCCCUUGGACUUCCUCCUCGAUCCCCCACGAAUCAACACAAAGUGCUGGUGCGGGAUUCACCCCGAGCUUAACCAGAACGGCGAGGAGCUAGCGGCCGGCGAAUGCGACUUUCUGUGCGCGGGCACCACCACAGGCGAAAUUUGUGGAGGUUUCUUGAAAAUGAGCGUAUUCGAGAUUACAGCGUACAUGGGAUGCCAAUACGAGGCCCUCGAUCAGCCGAUUGGACGAGGAUCCCCGCCUAUCUCCGGCUCAGAGGAUACACAGAUAGUCGGGCAGCCUUGGGACUUCCAAGAAAAAAUCGACGCCACCAAUUUCUUGUCAACACAGAGUGCUCUUCCUGGGGCGUGCGGCAGGAACGAUGACCAUAAGAAACUUUUGGCCCAGGUUCGUGUUUGGGAGGGUGCCGCAAAGACUGCGCCAAGGAUAUUUUGCGGUAUAUCCACCCGCCAUCAGAACCAUCGCACCAACGUCAAGGUGGGGCGUGCGAUCAAGGAGACAUGGGCGUCCCACUGUGACGGAUUCGUGGCCUUCAGCGACAAAACUGACCAAGACCUUAACACGCUCAAGAUCAAGCGAGAGGGCCUCGAGGAGGACGGCAACAUGUGGCAGAAAAUCAGAGCCAUCUGGAAGUACAUCAACUUCCACUACAAAGAGGACUUCGACUGGUUCAUCCUCGGGGGCGACGACCUCUUCCUUAUCGCGGAGAACCUGCGCAAGUACCUGCUAUCGGAUGAGGUCAAGAGCGCAGGCGGGGGCAUUAACAACGGCGGGACCAACCCCAUGUACCUAGGAAGGCGUCUACGUGUGUUUGGCGAGGACCAUCGAAUGUACAACAACGGACGGGCCUCAUACGUGUUGAACCAGGCAUCGGUGGGCCUCUUGGCGAGCCACCUCGACGAUGACGAUUGCCAGCCCCAUAGGAAAACUCCAUGGGAAGAUCUAUUGGUUUCCAUGUGCUUGAAAAAGAACGGCGUCAGCGCAUUCGAUACUCGAGAUACUCUCGGGCGUGAGCGCUUCCACCCCUUCACGCCAGCAACUCACUUCGGGUAUGAACCUAUUUUUUUUAUGAAUCUAUACGUUGACGUCUUCGGGCAACACAUGCCCGUGGACCCAGCAGAUCGCCUUGCGUCAGGAAUCGUGGUGAAUGGCUGGUACAUGGACCAGGAGGUUGAUGUGAAGUUCGGUCGGGAAGGCUACUCAAGUGACUCUCUCAGCUUCAACGAUGUCGAUGAGCAGCUCAUGUGGCGGCUCUACCAUUUGGUUUACUCCUGCCAAAAUGAUGAGGUUCUAGACCUCGCGUCACUACCACAGGCAGAUCCCGUGCAGCAGUUGGUUGAGAUCCCGGAGGAACUGACCGGGUGGGACUUGGUAAAGAGAUUACAUUCCAUCGGCCUCCACAGUCGCGCUGAUCUGGCAAGGGUACUUCAGGAGACGGACCCUUUCAAGGCAAGAAAUGAAGCAGAAGAGCUACGAACUGAAUCUUACUUUCCAUGCGACAACACGAACGUAUCUGUGAUAUUAUCCCCGCUGCAGGUAGCUGUGGACUCUCCUGACAAGUUCGAGUGCCCAGACAGAGAGGCGGAUCGAUUUUCGUCACCCGACAUUCGAGAUCACGACGACGAGGAAGCAUUCAAAGCGGGGCGGGGGUUUAUCUACUAUCAGCACUUGAGGAAAGCGGGGGGAACGGCGUUCUGCGACAUGGCUUCCAGGCAAGUUGAAGGUCUACGGAGAGGUGUUGAUGAUGGUGAGGUGGGGAUUCGGUUUCGGAUGUCGACGGUCAGAACGGACUGUUUUUCUCUGGUGUCGCCUUGCUUCUCAUGA